ACAAGAGUUAUUUGGUUUGAAUGCAGUGUUAGAGUAGUGAGUGCUUGCUGUAAGGCCGAGUUUCGAGCACCGAAGGCAAGCGUUGAGAUGUCAAAAAUCUGAUUUUCUGAUAAGUCAAGCUUGAUGAGACCCAAGUUAGCAGGAAUAGAGUUGUCGCUAAGUAGUUUUAUUCGAUUCUUGCUGAGGGAUAACUCCUGUGUUGAACAUUGAUAGCACUCGCUAUAUAAAUCUCAAAUCAAUUUGCCGAAGGUUACACUGCUUCAGAACUAAAAGAUGAAAGUUACAUUCGCGUUAGUUUUAGUUGUACUUCUUGCUGCUUCGUCAGUGGAUGCACUGCCAAAAUGUUUCAUACCUUGUCCGAGACACAUCAAGCCAGUAUGUGGUUCAGACGGUUCAAAUUUGGUGUGGUAUGCUAAUGAAUGCGGUAUGCGAGUUGCUGCAUGUCAUUUGGGAUCAGCAAUCACCAAAGUCAACGAAGCUACAUGCAGCUCUGUGAAAAAUCCUUUUAAUUACAGAAGCUGAAGUUAAAUUUACACAGUAAUGUUUAAAUUGAAAUGUAUCGAGUAAUUUUGUAAUAAAUUAAUUAUAGAAUAUGA